CGAUAACCGCGUUGGUCAACGCGACCCGACAGCCAGGAACGUUCACUGGACCAUCCGUCAGCUCGAUCGUAAUGUCCGACACUUCGGAAGAAUCCGAUAGCUUCGGUUAUGUCGCCGAAGCGCCUGACGAUGAAGGACCGCAUGAAUCGGACAAUUCGGAUGAAUCUGGUUCGGAGUCGGACUACGGCGGCCUGCUUGAUAUGGAAGCCGACGAGUCAAACGGCGAGGACUCCGAAUCCGAGGAGAGCGACGCGUACCAGGAAGCUUAUUACUUCCCGCAGUUUACUCGCCUUCCCAUCGAGCUGCGGUAUCGGAUAUGGGAAUUGUUCUGCCCGGAUCUGACCGCAAAGGGCCGUGUCUACUCGUUCCCGAUUGACUCUCCCCGUAACUACAGGAGCAAUGCGCCGCUGGACCUCGGGGUGAUGGCCCGCGAAAUGCUGAAGCAGCAAACGGAACCCGCUCGUGUCACGUUGGCUGUACACCGCGAAAGCCGUCAACUUGCUCUCAAGGCUUUUCCUGACACCCUCUCCUUCGACAGAGAAUCCUGCGACGAAAAGGGCCUCGUCCGCUUCGACUCCAAGCGCGACAUCGUCCACGUCGACAACGUAGACGAGUUGGUUGAUGAUGACGAGCAACAUCUGUACUUCAAUAAGCCGUUCUCAGGCUUUGGCGAGCACAUACGGAAUCUUGCCAUCAACAUGAACACCAUGUGCGCACUGGGCAACAGCAAAUACUCUGCGCUUCUCACUAGGUUUUUCCCAAACGUGGAGACAGUCUUUUACGUUACCAUACCCCAUGAUCACGAGCCGGAGCAUUUGCGCUGGUGCUUUUCCCCCGUUGCAAAUUCUUACUACUUCAAAUUCUGGGAGGAUGGGCCGAUUGGUCUGAGACCCGUGGAACAGGCAUAUUACUGGCCCGAUAUCGAGAACCACCGCGAUCUUGUCGACGCACAGGUCCCCAUGGGAGACAUGGCUAAGGACCUCGAUACGGAGGGGCUAGACAUGGCAAUAAUGAGUCUGGAGGAGGAGGGCGCGAGGAUAUAUCCCCUGGUAGACAUCCUCUGCCACACUGAGAAGCCCGGGAUCGAACGGUGGCGUUCUUAUAUUGAGACAGGACACAGGACUUGGGGCUACACGUUCAACCCACAACACCCCUCAGUGGACGAGUACUACAGCGAUGAGGAUGAGGAUGAGUAUGAGAGCUCGGGAAUCGACGAUUCGGACCUCGGCGAGGAUGAGCCGGGCUACGACUCCGAUGAUUUGGUCGUUCUGGAUGACGAUGAUAGCAACCAAGACGACGAAAAUAGCGAGGAAGACUCCCAUUCUCAGUCGGACGCGGAAGCCCAGCUUACCAGGGAUGACCUCGAAAGCGUUGCUCAGUUCUCGAGCCCGGAAGAGUCGUCCGCAACGCUUCGGCAAUCGGACGACCCCCAGGAUGAGUCGGACCAACCGGUAACUCGCCCUUCCAGGAUGAAACGACCCAGAGGCCGGGUGGUUGCUUCGGAUUCUGAGGAUGACUCGGAUGAUGCCGGCGGUCCUUCUCGGAAGCGGGCGCGGACCAGAAGCCGGGAUAACCCAACCGUGCUGUCAAGCGAUGACGAAGAGGAGGAAGCGGAGGAUGAGGUCCGCAAGAGACGAGUGGUUCGCGCAGCUCGUGUCAUAUCACUCGAUUCGGAUUCCGAGGACAAUGAGGAUGAGGUGGAAGAGAAUGACAGUGGCACCAGCCAAAGUGAAGACGGACAGCCCGACGGGUCGCGCAGCAUCUCCAGCUCAGAGGACGAGGACGAGGAUGAGGACGAAAAAUCUGAAGGCGGGGUCUCCCUUUCCAGACCACUCUCCCUUGCCGAGAAACUACAGCUCCACCGCCAGAAGGUACCCAUCCCUCCCUCCGACGAUGGGGAUUCUGAGGUAGAGGAGACGGGGGGCGACCUCUACGACGCCCGAGAGUACGGCGACUUCCAGGACGACGAGGAGGAUAAUGAAAUUUCGGAGCACGGCGACGAGUAUGACCAGGACAGGCUUACCGUGGAUGGAGAUGAGGAUGAUGACGAUUAUUGAGCAUUCUUUCCGAUUUUUAUGGCAUUUAUCGAGCCCUGGCCAGUAUUAGAGGAAUGGCGUCGUGACGGUUUUGGAGCGAGGGAUCAGCCCGGUUGUAAAAGCAGCAGAGGGAUGGCGAAACCGGGAGAUUGUGCUCUGCGAUGCAAUGCAAACAAAGCACGAGUGGUUGUCUUACAAGGCCGGCCCGUGC